ACAAUGCCCUGCUCGCUCUCCAUGGUGUUGUUGCCCCUUCCCCGGUUUGGGACGCGAUAGAGGAGAUCUCCUACGCUAGGCCCCUGGGCCCUCCGUGUCCUUUCCCCGGUACCGGGAAGCGGUGACGUGCCGCUGAGCUCCUAGAGGGAGAACCAGGGGCAUCCCCUACCCCCGUUCCCCAUCCUGGUCCCCGUCCCCUGUCCCCUGCCUGUUUCCCUCCCUUCCCUCCUCCACUCUACCCUUCUUCUCGGCCCUAUCCCCUCCUCCCGGUGGGUUCCGGGGAGUGGAGCUGCCUGAGGCGGGGGCGGCGGCCGCGGCCCGGGGGACUGAGGGAGGCGGGCGGCGGCGGAGGAGGCCGGAGGAGAGAAGAUGGCGUCGGAGCUGGAGCCGGAGGUGCAGGCCAUCGACCGGAGUUUGCUGGAAUGUUCCGCUGAGGAGACCGCGGGGAAAUGGCUACAAGCAACUGACCUGACUAAAGAAGUAUACCAGCAUCUAGCCCACUAUGUACCCAAAAUAUACUGUAGGGGUCCCAACCCUGCUCCACAGAGAGAAGAUAUGCUGGCACAACAUGUUUUGUUGGGACCCAUGGAAUGGUAUCUUUGUGGUGAAGAUCCUGCAUUUGGAUUUCCAAAACUUGAACAAGCGAACAAACCUUCCCAUCUUUGUGGUCGUGUUUUUAAAGUAGGAGAGCCUACGUAUUCUUGCAGAGACUGUGCUGUUGAUCCAACUUGUGUUUUAUGCAUGGAGUGCUUUUUGGGAAGUAUUCACAGAGAGCAUCGAUAUAGGAUGACAACAUCUGGAGGUGGAGGCUUCUGUGACUGUGGUGAUACUGAAGCUUGGAAAGAGGGUCCUUAUUGUACAAAACAUGAACUUAACAUAUCUGAAACUGAUGAAGAGGAGGAUCCUCUUGUACAUUUAACAGAAGAUAUGAUCGCAAGAACCUACAACAUUUUUGCAAUCAUGUUUCGCUAUGCAGUAGAUAUAUUAACAUGGGAGAAAGAAAAUGAACUACCACAAGAUUUAGAGAUGGUAGGGAAGAGUGACACUUACUAUUGCAUGCUGUUUAAUGAUGAGGUUCAUACAUAUGAACAAGUAAUUUAUACUCUUCAGAAAGCUGUUAAUUGCACUCAGAAAGAAGCCAUUGGCUUUGCAACCACAGUAGAUCGAGAUGGACGUAGGUCAGUUCGAUAUGGAGACUUCCAGUACUGUGAACAAGCAAAAUCAGUGAUUGUGAGAAAUACCAGUCGACAGACUAAACCACUGAAAGUGCAAGUCAUGCAUUCAUCUAUUGUUGCACAUCAGAGUUUUGGUUUGAAGCUCUUGACUUGGCUUGGCAGUGUUAUUGGAUACUCAGAUGGACUUCGUCGAAUAUUAUGUCAAGUUGGUUUACAACAAGGACCAGAUGGUGAAAACUCCUCUCUUGUGGAUAAAUUGAUGCUAUGUGAUUCAAAAUUAUGGAAAGGAGCUAGAAGUGUCUAUCAUCAGUUGUUCAUGAGCAGUUUACUUAUGGAUUUGAAAUAUAAGAAACUAUUUGCCAUCCACUUUGCCAAAAAUUACCAGCAGUUGCAGAGAGAUUUUAUGGAGGAUGAUCACGAGCGAGCAGUGUCGGUGACUGCUCUAUCUGUCCAGUUCUUCACUGCACCUACUCUGGCUCGAAUGCUAAUCACAGAAGAAAACCUUAUGACCACCAUCAUCAAGACUUUUAUGGAUCAUUUAAAACAUCGAGAUAUCCAGGGCAGGUUUCAAUUUGAACGAUACACAGCCUUGCAAGCCUUCAAGUUCAGGAGGGUUCAGAGCCUUAUUUUAGAUCUCAAAUAUGUGUUGAUUAGUAAACCCACUGAAUGGUCAGAUGACCUGAGACACAAGUUCCUAGAGGGAUUUGAUGCUUUCUUAGAACUGCUAAAAUGCAUGCAGGGAAUGGAUCCAAUUACACGCCAAGUAGGACAGCAUAUUGAAAUGGAACCAGAAUGGGAAGCAGCUUUUACAUUACAAAUGAAAUUAACACAUGUCAUCUCCAUGAUGCAGGACUGGUGUGCUUUGGAUGAAAAGGUGCUGAUCGAGGCAUAUAAGAAAUGCCUGGCAGUGUUGACGCAGUGCCAUGGUGGCUUCACCGAUGGAGAACAGCCCAUCACACUAAACCUCUGCGGACAUGCAGUUGAUACCAUCAGAUAUUGUGUCUCCCAAGAAAAAGUUAGCAUUCACCUUCCAGUCUCUCGCUUACUUGCAGGUUUGCAUGUAUUGCUAAGCAAAAGCGAAGUGGCAUAUAAAUUUCCAGAGUUACUUCCUCUGAGUGAGCUCAGUCCGCCCAUGUUGAUAGAACACCCCCUUCGAUGCCUUGUGCUAUGUGCCCAAGUGCAUGCAGGAAUGUGGAGAAGAAAUGGAUUUUCUCUUGUUAAUCAGAUUUAUUACUACCAUAAUGUGAAAUGCAGACGUGAGAUGUUUGACAAGGAUAUAGUAAUGCUUCAGACAGGUGUAUCUAUGAUGGAUCCAAACCAUUUCCUUAUGAUAAUGCUCAGUCGGUUUGAACUUUAUCAAAUUUUCAGUACUCCUGAUUACGGAAAAAGAUUCAGCUCUGAGAAUACCAAUAAGGAUGUCGUUCAGCAAAAUAAUACUCUAAUAGAAGAGAUGUUGUACCUCAUUAUAAUGCUUGUUGGAGAAAGAUUUAGUCCCGGAGUUGGACAUGUAAAUGCUACAGAUGAAAUUAAACGUGAGAUUAUCCAUCAGCUCAGUAUUAGACCUAUGGCUCAUAGUGAAUUGGUAAAGGCUUUGCCAGAAGAUGAGAACAAGGAGACGGGAAUGGAGAGUGUAAUUGAAGCAGUUGCCUGUUUCAAGAAACCUGGAUUAACAGGACGAGGUCUAUAUGAACUAAAGCCAGAAUGUACUAAAGAUUUCAAUCUAUAUUUCUACCACUUUUCAAGGGCAGAGCAAUCCAAGGCUGAAGAAGCUCAAAGGAAAUUAAAAAGGCAAAAUCGGGAAGAUACAGCACUUCCACCUCCUGUUUUGCCUCCAUUCUGUCCCUUAUUUGCAAGUCUGGUUAAUAUUUUGCAAUCCGAUGUUAUGUUGUGUAUCAUGGGGACAAUACUGCAGUGGGCCGUAGAACAUAAUGGAUAUGCUUGGUCAGAGUCCAUGCUACAACGGGUCUUACAUUUGAUUGGAAUGGCACUACAAGAGGAAAAACAGCAUUUAGAAAAUGUCAGUGAAGAGUCUGUAGUGACAUUUACUUUCACUCAGAAGAUAUCAAAACCUGGUGAUACACCCAUCAAUACACCUAGCAUUCUAGCUAUGCUAGAAACACUACAAAAUGCCCCCUACUUGGAAGUUCACAAAGACAUGAUUAGAUGGAUAUUGAAGACUUUUAAUGCCAUUAAGAAGAUAAGAGAAAGUUCUUCCAGCAGUCCUGUGGCUGAGGCAGAAGGAACAAUAAUGGAAGAGAGCUCAAAGGAUAAAGACAAAGCUGAAAGGAAGAGAAAAGCUGAAAUAGCCAGGCUUCGGAGAGAAAAGAUCAUGGCUCAAAUGUCUGAAAUGCAAAGACACUUCAUAGAUGAAAACAAAGAACUUUUUCAGCAAACGUUAGAACUGGAUGCUUCUACAUCCACUGUUCUUGAUAACAGUCCUAUGAUUUCAGAUAGCGCCCUUAUAGCCUUGGGCCCAGAACAAACUCAAGUCACUGAACAGAGACAAAUUGUUACUUGUAUUUUGUGUCAAGAGGAGCAGGAGGUCAAAGUUGACAACAAGGCUAUGGUACUGGCAGCAUUUGUUCAACGGUCAACUGUAUUGUCAAAAAACAGACAUAAAUUUAUUCAGGAUCCAGAAAAAUAUGAUCCAUUAUUCAUGAAUCCUGACUUGGCCUGUGGAACACACACUGGUAGCUGCGGGCACAUAAUGCAUGCCCAUUGUUGGCAAAGGUAUUUUGAUGCUGUACAAGCAAAGGAACAAAGAAGACAACAGAGAUUACGUGUGCACACAAGCUAUGAUGUAGAAAAUGGAGAAUUCCUUUGUCCACUUUGUGAAUGUUUAAGCAAUACUGUUAUUCCUCUUCUUCUGCCUCCAAGAAGCAUAAAUAACAGGCUAGAUUUUACUGACCAACCAGAUCUUGUUCAGUGGAUUACAACGGUAUCUCAGCAAAUAAAAACACUGCAGACCCUUCAGAAAGAAGAAAGUGCUUUUAGAACUCUAUCUUCUGAAAAUAUAGAAAGUAUGAUUGAACUACAACUCCCUGAAGGAUUUCGACCCGAUUUUCGACCGAAGAACCCAUAUUCUGAAAGUAUUAAAGAAAUGCUGACAACAUUUGGAACAGCCACUUACAAAGUGGGACUAAAGGUUCAUCCCAAUGAAGAGGAUCCCCGUGUCCCCAUAAUGUGUUGGGGUAGCUGUGCAUAUACUAUUCAAACCAUAGAAAGAAUAUUAAAUGAUGAAGAGAAACCAUUAUUUGGUCAUUUGCCUUGCCGACAGGACGACUGUCUCAAGUCAUUAACAAGAUUUGCAGCUGCACAUUGGACGGCAGCAUCAUUUUCAGUGGUGCAGGAACAUUUUUGUAGACUUUUUGCAUCACUGGUGCCUAAUGAGAAAUAUGGAAAUCUUCCAUGCAUAUUAGAUAUUGACAUGUUUCAUUUAUUGGUGAGCUUGGUACUCUCAUUUCCUGCUUUGCAAUGUCAGGAUUUUUCAGGAUUUAGUCUCACCUCUGGAGACCUUCACAUUUUCCAUCUUGUCACCAUGGCACACAUUGUGCAAAUCUUACUUACCUCAUGUACAGAAGAGAAUGGCAUGGACCAAGAAAAUCCUACUGGUGAAGAAGAGUUAGCAGUGCUUGCUUUGUACAAAACACUUUGUCACUGUGCAGGAAGUGCCUUGAAAGAAAUUCCCUCAGGCUGGCAUCUGUGGAGGAGUGUCAAAGCUGGAAUUAUGCCUUUCCUGAGAUGCUCUGCCUUGUUUUUCCAUUACUUAAAUGGAGUACCUGCCCCAUCUGAAAUCCAAGUAAUUGGAGCAAAUCAGUUCGAACAUUUAUGUAGCUAUCUUUCUCUGCCAAACAACCUCAUUUGCCUUUUUCAAGAAAACAGCAAGAUAAUGAACACAUUAAUUGAAAGUUGGUGCAAUAACAACGAAGUCAAAAAAUACCUGGAAGGUGAAAGACAAGCCAUAAGCUAUGCAAGAGAGUCUAACAAAUUAAUAGAUCUUCCAGAUGAUUACAGCAGCCUCAUUAAUCAAGCAUCUAAUUUCUCGUGCCCCAAAUCUGGAGGGGAUAAGAGCCGAGCACCCACCCUGUGCCUUGUGUGUGGGACCAUGCUGUGCUCCCAGAGCUACUGCUGCCAGACUGAGCUGGAAGGGGAAGAUGUUGGAGCCUGCACUGCACACACCUAUAGCUGUGGGUCUGGAGUAGGGAUCUUUCUGAGAGUACGAGAAUGUCAGGUGCUGUUUUUAGCUGGAAAAACCAAAGGCUGCUUUUAUGCUCCUCCAUACCUUGAUGACUACGGAGAGACAGACCAGGGACUCAGGCGUGGGAAUCCAUUACACUUGUGCAAAGAGCGAUUUAAGAAGAUUCAGAAACUCUGGCAGCAGCACAGUAUCACAGAGGAAAUUGGGCACGCCCAGGAAGCAAACCAGACGCUUGUUGGCAUUGAUUGGCAACAUUUAUAAUCACUUAGCUUCGGAGAACAUGAACUUUGAUUUUUGUAACCCAGUCGGCUUUUCAGACGAGAGGGAGUAGAAAAUAAGGUCUACUGAGUUUGAAAAUAAAUUCUUUAUUUAAGCUUUU